CUUAACAAUGAAUUAAUUAUGUUUAAUUAAUAGUUAUUUGAAUUAAACGGCUUGUACGUGUUAUUUGUCAACGGCCGGCACUGCAGAUUUCGAUUGCAACUGCGAGCGCGAGGUCUUGUUGUAGCAGGUCGGUGUACCUCGUAACCUCCCAAGACCCGUCUGCAACAAAGUCCCGUGAAUUGUUUUCUGCUGUUUCUGUAGAUUCGACAAGUUCGGGGCAAUGCAGUUGGAAGAUGGGGAAAUUAAUGAUGAGAGCGACGAUGACAUUAACCCAUACAUUCCAUUAGAAAGGCCACCGAUGCUGAAUCCAGCUUGUGUGGCCAAGCCUGUAAUCGAUGCGGAUGAAGACGAUGAGGACAAUAAUGAACCAGUAAAAAAAAAAGGUGUUAUCAAUGCAAGCAGCGGUUCAGAGUCGGAUGAUGAAUACGUUUCUGGUAAACGCAUGAAAAUCAGUCGUCCAACCAAGAGCAAAUCAAAUAAAUACCACAUCUGGUCCAAGGAUCCGGACGAUUUCCUUACUGAUGUACUGGACAGGUUCGGCAUGGAGGAAACACCCGAGAACGACAGGAAUGUUGAAAAUUACCUUGUCAGGAAUUGGAAACCAAAUGCGCCUAGGAAGCGAAAAAUUCCAAAAGGUGCUAAAGACGAUGUACUGCAUCCAUCGGCUCAGUCUAAACAACUGGAACCGCUUUCUGUCACCGAAGAAAACACUUGUGAAGAAAUCGCUAGUGAUAUUGCUGUGAAACUUGAUGAGCCAAAUCGUCCUCUCAUACUCAGGAUCGUACAGACGCUCGGUAAGGUGAAAGCGAUUGAACUGUUCGAAGCGACAAAGGAGAUUGAGGGCGAUGGGGGGAUGCUGAUCCUAAGCGGAAACAGGAAAAGGACAUCGGGUGGUAUAUUUAUAUUCUUAGUUAGAGAAGACAGAGAUAUCACCGGGGUGCAAAGGGAAGAGAUUUUUGAAAUAAACAAAGGAGAUAAUUUCCCAAAGACGAAGAAAAAAAAGAGAAAUAAGAAGGAUAAAACAAAACUUGUCAAAGAUCAACUGAGCAACCCUCCGCCUUCACCUGACCCCGAGGCCGAUCUCCCUGACUUGCCUCACAGAAGAGACAUUGUUAUGUACGAUGAAGGUUUAUUUUAGUGUUUCAACAUAAGAGUGACCUUUUAUUUAAUUAACUGUAAAAAUGAAGAACAAUAUUUGUAAUAAUAUUAUUUAUAAAUUUUAUUUUAUAG